AUGAGCAUUCUACAUCUGCUGCCCCCAAACCUUCUACACCCACCAUCCUCAGACCUCAUACACCUAACAUCCCCAAACCUUACACAACUACUGCCCCUGGACCUUCUACGCCUACCAUCAUCAGACCUUCUACACCCAACAUUUCAGAAACUUCCACAUCUACUGCCCCCUGACUUUCUACAUCUACUACCCCUGGACCUUCUACACCAACCUUCCCUAAACCUUAUACAUCUACUGCCCCCGGAUCUUCUACACGUACCAUCCCCAAACCUUCUACUUCUACUGCCUCUGGACCUCCUACACUCACUGUCCCAGGACCUUCUACACCUACAAUCCCCGAACCUUUUACAUCUACUGUCCCCGGGACCUUCUAUACCUACUAUCCCCGAAACUUCUACAUCUAAAGCCCCCGGAUUUUCUACACCUACUGUCCGCAGACCUUCUACACCUACCAUCCCUGAACCUCCUACAUCUACUGCCCCAGGAACUUCUACACCUAACAUCCCCAAACCUUCUAAAUCUACUGCCCCCGGACCUUCUACACCUACCGGCCCCAGACCCUCCACACCAACCAUCCCCAAACCUUCUUUAUCUACUGCCCCCAGACCUUCGACACCUUCUGUCCCCAGACCUUCCACACCUACCAUCCUCGAUCCUCCUACAUCUACUGCCCCCGGACCUUCUACAUCUACUGCCCCUGGACCUUCCACACCGACCCUCCCCAGACCUUCUACACCAACCAUCCCUGAACCUUCUACAUUCACUACACCCAAACCCCUCACACCUACCAUCCCUGUACCUUCUAUAUCUACUGCUUCUGGACAAUCCUCACCAACCAUCCCUGAACCUUCUACAUCUACAGCCCCCGGUCCUUCUACACCUACUAUCUCCAAACCUUCUAUAUCUACUGCCCCCCCCAACCUUCCACACCUACCAUCCCCGAACCUCCUACAUCUACUGCCCCCGGACCUACUACACCUACCACCCCCAGACCUUCCACACCUUCCAUCCCCGAACCUUCUACAUCUGCUGCCCCCAGACCUUCCACACCUACCGUUCCCAGACCUUUUACACCUUCCAUCACUGAACCUUCUACAUGUACUGCCCCCAGACUUUCCACACCUACCAUCCCCAAACCUUCUACAUCUACUGCCCCCGCACCUUCUACAUCUACCAUCCCCGAAACUUCUAAAUCUACAGCCCUUUGACCUUCUACACCUACAACUGUCCCUGAUCCUUCUACACCUACCGUCCUCAGACCUCCUACACCUACCAUCCUCGAACCUUUUACACCUACUGUCCAUAGACCUUCUACACCUACCAUCCCCGUACCAUCUACAUCUACUGCCCCCUGACCUUCUACACCUACCAUCCCCAGACCUUCUACAUGGGGAAAAAGGUUAG